CGUUCUCUUUUCUCAUUCACUCACCCACGAACCUUCCCAUUAACCAAUCUUCUUCUUCUUACAUAAACACCUCUCAUUCCCACCGUUUCCAAAAAGAGAAAGCUUUCACAAAAACACAGAAAAAACACAAACUUGGUCCAAUCUUUUGAGGAAGAAAAGAGAUUUAGUUGAUAAUAUUGUGAAAAUGGGGGAGCUUUUGUGUUGUCUACCAUUGAAUUCACCAAUCUCUUCGUCUCGAUUCAUUGUUGCUUAUCUCAAAAGGUACUUUCUGGGUUCAGAUUCUUAGGGUUCUUCUUAAAAGUCUGUUUUUUUUUUAAUUGGGGUCUGAUACUUUGGAUGUAAUUGCAAAAAAGGAAGAUUUUUUAAUUUCGAUAUGUAUAUUUCUCGGAUGGGUUUGAGUCGGAGUUUCCCGCCGCUGUUUGGGGGAUUUCGGGAAAUUCUAGGGUUAGGGUUGGAUAUUGUGUUUCUCUAGCAGUCUUCCCACUUUUAAAUCUCUUCAUCUCUCUCCUUUCCUGAGAUUGAAAGAGGUUUCUUUUGCGUUCCUGGAUUCGAGGUUUUGGAUCUUAAUCGAUAUGUGGGUUAAUUGGGAGAUCUGGGAUUUGGGAGAUCUUGUGGAGGAUUGAAGAUAAUUGAAGUAAAGCUCAUAGAUUUAAGAAUGGAGAAGAAGUGAAAGGUGAAGUCUUUUUUUUUUUUUUGUGAGAUGAAAGGUUCAAUUCUCACCGUUUUGUCAAUGGAGAAUCAUCAUCCUUCAACGCUUUUAUCAAUGGAUUCUAGUGGUUCAUCUCAUGAAGAACUUGAUCUGGAGAUGAACAAUGGUAAUAGGCAAAUCACACUUUACAAUCCACCAGACAUCAAUCUGCCUUUGUCUGUUGGACGAAGCUCUCCUUCAUGGAACUUGGAUUCUUGUGAUAACAUUUUGGAUGUUGGUCUUAGCUCUCAUGUCUAUGAGACCGAGACGUUUCUCAAUGUGGUUCCGAGUAAAGUAGCUAAGAAAUGCUUGAAACGAGGGGAUAGUAUGUGGGGAGCUUGGUUUUUCUUUAGCUUCUACUUCAAACCGGCGUUGAAUGAGAAAUCGAAUUCUAAGGUCAUUAGGGAAACUAGUAAUGGAGGAGGAGGAUGUUUUACUGGGUUUGAUAAAUCUGAUCUCAAGCUCGAUGUUUUUCUUGUUCAGCAUGAUAUGGAGAACAUGUAUAUGUGGGCUUUUAAGGAUAAACCUGAGAAUGCGCUUGGUAAAAUGCAGUUGAGAAGUUAUAUGAAUGGGCAUUCUCGUCAAGGUGAGCGUCCCUUUCCGUUUAGCGCCGAGAAAGGGUUUGUUCGGUCUCACAGAAUGCAGAGGAAGCAUUACAGGGGACUCUCUAAUCCUCAGUGUCUUCACGGGAUUGAGUUUGUGGCUUCGCCGAGUUUGUUUGGUGUCAGUGAAGAAGAUAAGAAGAGAUGGAUGGAGCUGACGGGUCGGGAUUUGAAGUUCACUAUUCCUCCUGAUGCUAGUGAUUUCGGUUCAUGGAGAAAUCUUCCCAACACAGAUAUCGAGCUAGAGAGACCAGCUCAUGUUACAAAACCGGCACAGAAUAACACCAAGAAGAUUCUCAGCGGCUCGGGCUUACAUUUGACAAGCAAUGCGUCUUUCAGUAGCAAUGGGGACUCGUCAGAUCAAUCUCCAGGAGGAGUUAUCAACAACAAGAAGAGAAAAGAGUUCCUAUCUCCGGGAAGCAGCGAAGAAGAAUGUUGUUUAACUGUUAACAACAUCGAGACCCACCACGCCAAGGACCCGCCCAGUUGGGUAAACGACUUCACUGGAGUGAUGAAGAACAGCUGCGGACCCGUAACUGCAGCAAAAACCGUCUACGAGGACGAAGAAGCUUAUCUAGUCGUAAUUACUCUACCAUUUGUUGAUUUGAACACCGUGAAGGUUUCAUGGAGGAACAAUAUCACAAAUGGAAUCGUGAAGGUCACGGGAAUGAGCACUUCUAGAGUUUCGUUUGUGAAGAGACGGGACCGGACUUUCAAGCUGGUUGAUCAGACGGCUGAGCAUUGUCCUCCAGGGGAAUUCAUGAGGGAGAUACAGUUGCCAAAUCGGAUUCCGGAAGAAGCAAACAUCGAAGCAUAUUUUGAUGGGACUGAACCAGUUUUAGAGAUUGUGGUUCCAAAAUUGAGAGGAGGAGUGGAGGAAGAACACGAGGUUAGAGUUUGUCUACGGUCACACCACCUCGGAUAAAAGAUGCAACCAUGUUUUAAGUGUUUGUAGAAGCAUUUUGUUGUGUACAAUGGGAAAAAUAAGCAAAAGCAGAAGUGCUGUUUUUUAAGUAAUAACUUUUUUCACUUUA